AUGAGCGAACAACAAACAUUUCAAAAGGGUGUUGCUGCACCAAAGGUAAAGUUGGAUGGCACUGGUCUUCGUAUCGCCAUUGUCCAUACACGCUGGAACUUUGCUCUGGUCGAUCAACUUUACAAGAAGGUCUACGAUACUUUGAUUGAAAAGUAUAAUGUCAAGCCCGAGAAUGUUUAUACCGACACUGUCUCUGGUGCCUAUGAGUUACCUAUGGCUGCCAAGCAACUCAUUGAACUCUCUCAAACUCAAGCGUCUGCUACUGCUAGUGAUCUGUUGGGCUCUCCUGCCUUGGGCGGUGCUGCUCAAAAGUCUGACCGCCAGACUGGUCCUUUCGAUGCUGUCAUUUGUAUUGGUUUGGUUAUCAAGGGUGGAACUGCUCAUUUUGAAUACAUUUGUGAUGCUGUCACUCAUGGCAUCAUGAAGGUUCAAUUGGAUACUGGUGUGCCUGUCAUGUUCGGUGUCCUGACUUGUUAUAAUGAUGAACAAGCGAUUGCUAGAUCUACUACUGAGGAUGGUUUUCAUCAUGCUGAGGAAUGGGCUGCUGCUGCUGUUGAAUCUGGUUUAAGAAAGUAUCAAAAGUUGUAA